UCAACUGGAGAACAAAGACAGUGCCGUGGCGUACACACCGCAGCCAGGAGGGAGGUGGCGCAGAAGGAUUCCGCUUCCCGUCACCUCAUCACCUGGUCUCGUUUCUCUCUCUGCCUCUCCACUGGAACGGGUCAGGGAGUCAUCGCCGUCGGAAGAAUUCGAAAGCAAAGGAGCAGCCCCCACGGAGAUCGCGCAUCUGCCCUGUCGUCCGAGUACGAUCGCUUCGAGUGAAAAGAAGGUAAAUUUGCUAGGACUAGAAAGAUAAAUGGCAGAAGUUUUGCAAGUGAGUUCAGGUGAGACUGAAGUAAAGCUCUCAGGAAAGGAUAAUACCGAGGGAGGGGAAAGUGCAAAAACAAUUCUCACAAAUGGCAACAAUGAUUUACUGCCAAAAGAAGAAACUAAAGAAGAGGAGUCGUCUGCAUCAGACAGAGAAUUCAUAAAAGUUGAGAAGGAACUAUUGGUAGAUGUAAAAGAAAGCUCUUACCUACCCAAGGUGGAAUUGGAAGAAUCCAAACUCCCUGCAAGCAAUGAAGCAGGCAAGUCAGAACCAACUGUAGAUUCUCUAAAACUGGUAAAGGAGAUUGACGAACUUAAGCUUCAACUUGCCACUGUUCUUGGGAAAUUAAAUGGUUCAGAAACUGAAAAGACCUCAAUAAAAUCCAAGCUUGAUCUUGCAUAUGAAGAGCUAGAGAAAUUGAACAAGCACUGUAAAGAACUUGAACUUGACCAAAAGUUGAUGAAAGAUCAGAUUGUAGGAGCUGAACUGAAGUAUAAUUUGCAGCUGGAAUCCCUUCAGGAAGCUCUAAAAGCUACAGAUAUGAAGCAUAAGGAACUUGUUGAUGUAAAGGAAUCAUUCACUGUUUUGUCCACUGAACUUGAGAGUUCAAAAAAUAGGAUAAAAGCCCUUGAAGUGGAGUUAUUGUCCUCUUCUAGUGAGCUGCUUAAGCUUGAAGAAGCAAGUAAACAAGCAGAGUUAGAAUCAGGAAAAGUGAAGGACUUGGAGAAGACGUUGGAGCUGACACAUGUGACUGCAAAGGAUAUGGAGGACCAAAUAAACAAUCUACAAAAGGAGUUGAAUGAUCUAUAUGGUAAGAUUACUGAGAAACAGAAGGUUGAAGAAAAACUUGAAAACACUUUGUUGGAACUUUCAAAAUUUCAGGAGACAUUGGAAGCCUCAAAAUUUGAAGUGGCUAAACUGGAGCAUAGCAUUUCUUCUAAAGACGCCCUCAUCCAGGAAGUGACUGAAGAACGAAACCUCCAUAAAGUUGCUGAAGAAACAUUGAAAGCAGAUAUCACAUCAUUGCAGAAGUUGCUUUCGGCUUCAGAAGAAAACCUGCAAACAAAGGGUUUGAGUUUGGGGGAAUUGGAGCUGAAACUUCAGGAACAAGUAAAAGAAAAGGAAAGAGUUGAAACUUUAUUCAAGGACCAGGAAAUUCAGAUAUCAAAUAUGAAAAAUGAUUUAACCAACUUGACCACAGAGAAGGCAACACUGGAGAGCACUGUGACAGAUCUUAAUACCAAGUUGGCAGAAAAUGAGGAACUGCAUCACCAACUCGAAGCCAAGUUAAAUCUGGCUGAACAAAAUUUCAGGGAAACAAAUUCACUAUUAUUACAGACAUCAACAUAUAAUGAGGAGCUUGAAAAAAAACUGCAACUGCUUGAACAACAGCACCAUGAAUUCAGAACAACCACAGAAGCUUCUACUACAAGAAACAUUGAGCUAGAAGGUCUCAUUCAAGCAUCUAGUGCAGUUGAAGAGAAUAUCAGGUCACAGCUAAAGGAAUUUGAGUUAAAAUUGGCAUCAACUGAGAAGUCCAAUGUGGAGCUUGAGCAGCAAAUAAAUCUUGUGGAGAUAAAGUUCCUUGAUACACAGAGUGAAAUUAAGGUACUCAAUGACAAAAUAAAAGAACUCACUACUUCAUUGAAUGAAGCAGCAGAAGAAAAUUCACUAUCAAGACAUCGCUUAGAAGAUUAUGAAGAUAAGACCAACCAACUGGAGUCUUCCUUGAUCAAGUCAUCUUCGAGGAACUCAGAACUUGAAAAGGAGCUUAAUGAUCUCAUCAACAAAUGUACCGAACAUGAGGAGCGGGCUACUGCAACACAUCAUCGUAGUCUUGAGCUGGAAGAAUUGAUCAGUUCUUCUGAUUCUGUGGCUAAAGAUGCUCAAAAGAGAGUGGAAGAAAUGGAGUUGUUGGUGGAGGCUGCUAAUUAUCGCCACCAGGAACUUGAGCAACUACUCAGCGUAGAACAGUCAAAACAGAGAGAUGUUGAGGGUGAAUCUAAGCAGUAUAAGAGCAAAAUCACCGAGCUUGUUUCAGAACUUGAAGCACACAAAACAAGAUCAAAGAGCCUUGAAUCUAUACUGCAUGCUGCAAAUGAAAAAGAGAAAGAGUUGACAGAUAUCCUUGAUACAGCUAUUGAAGAAAGAAAAAAGAUUGAAGACCUUUCUAAUAGUCAGGAGAAAAAACUCAAGGAAUCUGAAAAUCAAAUUCAGAUUUUGGAAAAUGAAUUGAAAUACUUGACAGAGAAAAUUGAAAGUGUCCAGGAACAACUGGAGGCUUCUAAUCUAAGAGAAAAAAAUCUCCUCGAGAAGUUUAGAUAUGCUCAAGAACAAUUGGCUGAUCAAGGAAAGACUGUGGAGGAAAUUACUGCAAGGAACUUAGAUUUAAAUUCUAUAACUGAAUCUUUAGCCAAAGAUUCAGAGUUGAAACUCCAAGAUGCUGCAGCAAGCUUAAAGCAGAAGGAUUCGGAAGCCAAAGCACUGGUUGAGAAGUUGCACUAUCUUGAAGAACAAUUGAAUUUUUAUAAAGAACAGAUGGUUGAAUCUACUGAAAAUGCUGCUUUACUCAAGUCAGACUUGGACGAGAAGGCUGUAAAGCUGGUUUCUCUUGAAAACAACAUUGAAGAGUUUAAACAAAAGUUAUCAGAAGCUAAUCAAAGAGGUGAACAGACAAUUGCAGUAAAUGAGUUGCUGGCAGUGACAAACUCAAAGCUCAGGGAAGAGUUGGAAUCUCAUCAACACAAAAUCAAUGAGCUCAAUGAUUUAUUAAAAUCCACACAUGCUGAGAAACAGACUAUUUCUGAGCAACUUGCUUCUCAUUCAAGCACUCUAACCCAAUUAAAAGAAGAACAUUCAAGAGGUCUGGAUCUUCAAUUUGCAACUGAAUCUCGUCUUAAAGAAAAUGAAGCCCACUUGAAUGACUCUGUUGAGAAAUACAAUCUAAAAGAACGAGAAACCAAUGAACUGAAUGAGAAAGUGCUUGCUAUUGAAACUCAAUUGAGAAUUUAUGAAGAACAGGUCAGUGAGUCAGCAACUCAGAAGGAUAAAUUGGAAGAGGCUCUAUUCAAGAUACAGGAUCUGGAAGGACUGGUUGAGCAAUUGAAAAACAAUGUUAACAGUUUCCAAACAGAGAAUGAAGGUUUAGCAAGACAAAACAUUAGUCUCUCUGCGGACCUUGGGACAUACAAGGCCAAAAUGAAUGAUUUACAAGUAGCAUUUGAUACAGCCAUUGCAGAGAAAGAAGAUUUACUGAAGCAGCUCCAUUCUUUGAAGAAAGAAUCUGAUGAUUUCGUGCAACUGCUUAAAUCUGAGAAAGACCAACUAAAGUUGCAGGUUAGCUCUCUUGUGGAAGAGAGCACAUUGCUCAAAGAAACUUAUGAAAAAUUAAGGAAUGAACGUGAAACAUCUGAAGCACAACUAGAAAGAGAACUAUCUAAACAAAAAGUGAAGGAAGAGUCUCUUAAUUCUCUCAUUGAUAAUCUUAGAGCAGAUUUGGCAGAGAAGUCUCUUCUGCAACAACGGGCUUCUGACCUUGAAGAAAAGCUGCUCUUAGCUGAGAAAACUUAUGCGCAAGAGGUUGCUGAAGAAAACAAUAAGGUUUCUGUUCUUAAGGUAGAGCUUGAAGAAUUGAAAUUUAAACAAAAUCAAACUUCAGAAAUGGAAAAGAAGAUAGUAGAGCUCGAGAACACUCGGCGUUUGGUCCACACUGCCAGUGACAAUGAGAUCAAGAAUGGAACUUCCCCGGUUGAAAGAGAUGAUUCAACUGAGGUGAAAUCAAGAGAAAUUGGACUCGACACCUCAACAUUGUCAAAGAGGAAGAAACACAAAAGCAGAGACAAGCCAAAGCAGGAUAUAGAGACAACUAACACAAGCCAAAAUGCACAUCUCUCAACAGAGCGUUCAGAAGGGGUUGCCUUCAAAUUUGUACUAGGAGUGGCUUUGGUAUCAAUCAUCAUUGGCAUCAUUCUCGGAAAGUGGUACUAGCAUGGUUAUGAUAUUUUUUUUUUACUUUUCAACUCGUAGCAUAAUACGAGUUCGUUGAUUGUCACAACUUUUGGUUGAUCCUGUUGAUUGAUGAAACAAGUUUUCUGAAUUUUGAUGAUCUUUUUAUAUGUUGCUGUUAAGAGGAGUGCAUAUUCAGUGAGUGUAGGUUAUAAGCUAAGAAUGGGAAUUUAUUUAUUUUUCCCUUCCUAGCCAUCACCUUGCAGUAGUGGGACUGCAUGCAAGUUGUUAUGUCUAGUUUUGAGCUUGUAGAUGUUCCUUAAUUUGUAAGUAAACAAAACAUAAUAUCAAGUGUUUUCUGUUGAUUGUCUAAAAA